AUGUAUACCAAUGCUGGAUCUCGUCCACCCGCCCAGUGGCGGUCCUCGGAGGCAUUCAUCACGUUUGUAGUCUCUUUUGCCAUUUUUACUGACCUUUUGCUUUAUGGACUGCUCGUCCCGGUAAUGCCAACUGCUCUCCACGAGCGGGUUGGUCUUCCUAAAGGCGAGGAACAACGAUGGACAUCAAUCCUGCUCGCCCUCUGCGGCGCCGGCCAGCUCGCAUGCGCCCCCAUCGCCGGUUACCUGGCGGAUCUAAUCUCCUCCCGAAAAUGGCCCUUAAUCACCGGCCUCCUCUUCCUAGCCGGAUCCUGCUUCCUGCUCUGCAUCGGGACGACCCUCAGUCUCUGGAUCGCGGGCCGACUGCUGCAAGGCGCCUCAGCCGCAGUGGUCUGGGCGGUUGGAUGUGCACUGCUCGUUGACUCGGUUGAUCGGAAGAGACUGGGGCAGGCGCUGGGGUAUCUUGGUAUGGCGAUGAUGAUGGGUCCGCUGCUGGGUCCGUUGCUUGGGGGCUUGAUUUAUGCGUCUGGGGGGUAUUAUGCGGUGUUUGGGUUGGCGUUUGGGCUUGUUGUUGUUGAUAUUGCGUUGCGGUUGGUUAUGAUUGAGCGGAACGACCAACAAACCGGUGAUGCUUCGAAUGCUGAGUCUAGGACCGGGGACAGUAGUGAAGGAGGCAACGGUGGUGUCUCUACAUCCGAGAACUCUCCCCUGUUAGCGCAACAAACACAGCAUGACCCUGACCGACCACCAGCCCUCUUCGUCCUCCUCAGCUCCGAACGCAUGUGGGUAACAAUCUGGGGCUACUUCGUCGGCGCACUCAUAAUGUGUUCCUUCAACAGCAUCCUCCCGCUGUUCGUGCGAGACACCUUCAACUGGGCCCAAACAGGGCAAGGACUGAUCUUCCUCCCGCUGUCGCUCCCCAAUUUCCUCGGCCCGUUUUACGGGUGGGUGAAUGAUCGAUUCCCGCAGUCUAGACGCUACGUUGCAGCCGCGUCUAUGCUGGGCGUGUCCAUACCGGCUGUUCUGCUUCGGUUCAUAACAGCCGAUACAACAGGCCAGAAGGUUCUGCUCUGUGUCCUCCUUGCGCUUCUAGGACUGAGCCUUGCGGCAUCGGACCCGCCGCUUCUCUCUGAAGCUGCAUUCGCCGCGUCGGAGCAGGAAGAGAGGCGGCCUGGUAUAUUCGGGGGUUCGGAGCCAACUGCGUUGAUGUAUGGGAUCCUGAGUGCUACGUUCUCUGCUGGUGCGAUCGCGGGAUCGUUUCUUGCUGGGCUUAUCAAGGAGGCUUACGGAUGGAGUACGGUGACUUGGGUGAUAGGAUUGGUUGCUGGCGUUUCGGUUUUCCCGAUGUUGUUGUGCGUUGGAGGUUUGUGGUUGCCGUGGGUUAAACGUCAGCGACCUACGGUUCUGGAGGAAUAA